CGCAGAGCGCGCGGGCGCGGUUGCCGUGGCAGCGCCGGCCCGAGGGGAGGCGGCGGGCGGGCGCGGCUCGAAGCCCGGCGACCGGCGGGCUGAAGCGGCAGCGCGGGCAGGCUUGAGCGGCGGGGCGCGACGCCCGGCCGGCGGGGAUGCGGGACCGGCUGCCGGACCUGACGGCGUGCAGGAAAAACGACGAUGGGGACGCCACUGUCGUCGUGGAGAAGGGCCAUUUUAUGGACGAGUUCUUCCAUCAGGUUGAGGAGAUUAGAAACAGUAUAUCUAAAAUAGCUCAAUAUGUGGAAGAAGUGAAGAAAAACCACAGCAUCAUUCUUUCUGCACCAAACCCAGAAGGAAAAAUAAAGGAGGAGCUUGAAGAUCUGAACAAAGAAAUCAAGAAAACAGCUAAUAAAAUUCGUACCAAGUUAAAGUCUAUUGAACAAAGUUUUGAUCAGGAUGAGAGUGGGAACCGGACUUCUGUGGAUGUUCGCAUACGGAGAACCCAGCAUUCAGUACUAUCUCGAAAGUUUGUGGAAGUUAUGACAGAAUAUAAUGAAGCACAGACUCUCUUUCGGGAGCGAAGCAAAGGGCGUAUACAGCGCCAGCUAGAAAUAACUGGGAAGACCACAACUGACGACGAGUUGGAAGCGAUGCUGGAGAGUGGGAACCCGUCCAUCUUCACGUCCGAUAUUAUAUCCGAUUCCCAAGUUACUAGACAAGCUCUCAAUGAGAUUGAGUCACGUCACAAAGACAUCAUGAAACUGGAGACCAGUAUCCGAGAGCUGCAUGAGAUGUUUAUGGACAUGGCCAUGCUCGUGGAGACGCAGGGUGAAAUGAUCAACAACAUAGAAAAAAAUGUUAUGAAUGCUGCAGACUAUGUAGAACACGCCAAGGAAGAAACAAAAAAGGCUAUUAAAUAUCAGAGCAAAGCAAGAAGGAAAAAGUGGAUAAUUGUUGCUGUGUCAGUGGUUCUGGUUGCUGUAAUUGCUCUAAUUAUUGGUUUAUCAGUUGGCAAAUAAUGAUGUGGAUAACGUCAGUGUGUAUGCCUCUCUGCUAGCACAGCAAAAAUGAUGUUCAUUAUUAUUUGUGUAAUUAUUUUACUUGUGAUCCUUGGAAUUAUCCUAGCAACAACACUGCGAUAGCAACCAUAGCCCAAGAGCCAUUUGUCUUUGGAGUCAGACCACAUCUGCAGCAAAUCAGCAUCCUCCCAUUUCAUGAAUGAAUCCUAGACAUUGUGACAUGUGGCAUUGAGCGCUGACUUUAUUAGUGGAUUGAAAGAGAACCCACAAUAGAGUGUAUUGUUCAGUGAAAAAACCAUGAGCAGAAUGGAUAUGAUGAGUCAGCCCAAACAUUCUUGGACUCUAAAUAACACAUUCACAAAACUAACAAUGUGAAACUUGUUUCAAUGGCCUUAAAAUAAGGAAUUAUUGAAAUUUUCAGUUUUAAAAAUAUUUCAGUGUUAAAAUACAUGUUAUGUGAAGUUUAAUAACUUGGAAUAUUUUACAUUCUGAAGCCAUUGGAAUUGAGGUCUAAGACUUUCUUCCCUUUCCUUCUCCCAGCUAACAAGCUAAUUGAGACUUUUUUGUAUUAUGUUUAAUUUGUGUUUGUUUACUGUUAGCAAAAAUAAUUUUAUCUCAGCUGUUUUGUAAGAUAUCUGUAAUUUUCAAUGUUUAUAAAUUGUUUAAUAUAUUAACAUCUUUACUCCAUUUUUAUAUAUUAAAUAUUGCCUUUUAAAGACAUAGGUAACUUCGUGAUGUUAGAGCCAUCUUUGCACAGUUGUUUACAGAGUUUGCCAUUGGCAUAGAAAAUGUUGGUUACAAAGCACCGUAAAAAGCCUUUCAAGUGCCUUCUGUUAAUAUUGGUUUGAAUGUGCCUGAGGCCCUCCAGAAAAGUCUCAGUUAUUAUACUCAGCUCCAUUUCCACUUGUUCCAUUACCCAGAUAAUAAAUUAGUUACUGCACUGUAAAGACAAUGGUCUCUUCUCUCUGUUCAUUAAAAAUAAGGUUUGUUUUCCCUGUUUACAUUAAUAAAGUCUGAAGUUAAGAUGGUGAUAAAAACCAAGAUUUAGUACUUUCUAACUCAAGGAAAUUAUUCCUAGACAUUAAGUAAUUCUCUUAAAUUUAAACUGCUGUAUAGAUCACUUCAAUGUUCUUGUUAAGUACCUACUAUUCUGCUGAACUUUGAAGUUCACUCCCCAAGUUUAUAGGACUCUACCAGUAAUUAAACAUUUUUAUUGCUCAUGAAUGUUAUUACAAUAAUAUGCUUUAGACUUGUAAAAUGUAUGAAAUCUUAUUAGUGAAUCAAAUAAGGUAGCAACUAGUCAAAUUUUUAAAUGAAGGAUACCCAAAAUAUAGUUACCUUUUGUUACUUCUGUAUCUGACUGUAUGAGCAUGUGACUGUAUUUUAUCAUUGCUUGAUGUGAAAACUUAUGUAGAUACCCUUAAUUCCAAACAAUAAGUGUGAAUUGAACAGUUGAGAAGCUGUGUUCCUUAUUGAGUACAGUAGGGAACUCAGUUAUAAUUUCUACAUCUAACUGCUUGGAUGAGACUCAGAUCUGUAUUUAUGCAUUUCAUGUACUUGCCGAUCACCGCUGUCUACUCAGAAUUACCCUCGGAGCCUUCUCGCUCGCUCCAGCUCGUCGUGGAGUCCUUAAGUAGACUGUCAGUGGGGUGCGCUCACUGGUCCGCGCGACACCAAGAUGUGACUGUCCCGAUGGAUGUCUGACUACAGAUCAUGCUUGUGCGCGUGCACCCUUUGCACACCUGUUGUCUGAGAUUGUGCCCACAGGUGCAGCUCUGUGCUGAGGACCUGCCCCUGCUGUCCCCCUUCCUCUUCACAUUCAGGCUGUCCGCGCCUCCCAGGAUUCUCACCGCGUUCUCCAGUCAGUCACUCUUCCUAGGUUCGAAGUACUCCCGGAACUUGUGUUUUUGUAGUUGAAGUUAUGGAACUGCUUUUUGAUUUCUAUUUAUUUAAGUCUUUUAUCAGAUAAUACGUUUGUACGUGUACGCCUCAUGUACCUAUUUGAAAUUGGACUUUUAAAACUAUAUUUACAGAUUCAUUUGUUACCUUUUUAUUACUCAGAUAUCCCAUGUUUACAUUAAAAGAAAAAGGAAAAACAAA